AUGGCGAUGUUGGACGAGAAAAUCGGUUUGGAGACAGACGUCGAGGUCUCCCGUCCGAGCUCUUAUGAGGGCGAAGGCGAGGAGAUCAAACGCGAUCUCAAAUCGCGUCAUAUCAAUAUGAUCGCCAUUGCCGGCAUGAUCGGAACGGGCCUGUUUCUGAGCUCAGGUCAGGUCAUUGCCACUGCCGGUCCUGCAGGCGCUUUUUUGGCUUAUAUUCUUAUGGGAUUUACUACUGCUGGUGUUUCUUAUACUACUGGUGAGAUCUCGGCUUUUAUGCCUUGUUCUGGUGGGUUUGUUCGUCAUGCUACGCGCUUUGUUGAGCCUGCGCUUGGUGCUGCUACCGGUUGGAACUUUUGGUAUACAAUGGCUAUUUCGGCUCCGGCUGAGAUUACAGCCGCUGCGACCAUUGUUCAAUUCUGGAAUCCGCCUGUUGAUCCUGCUGUGUGGAUUACCGUGUUUGGAUUUUGUAUCGCUCUUCUCAACUUUUGCAAUGUCCGUCUCUAUGGAGAGUCGGAGGUUGUUUUUGCUUCCUUGAAGAUCAUGCUGAUCAUCGGUCUGAUCAUCGGCGGUAUUGUCAUCGACCUCGGUGGCACUCCUGACCAAGAACGUCUCGGUUUCCACUAUUGGAAUGACCCAGGCGCCUUUAACAACUAUAUUUCAGAUGGUUCGGUGGGAAAAUUCCUGGCUUUCUGGAAAGUCCUCUUGACAUCCGCGUUCAGUUUCGGUAACAUCCAAGUCGUCGCCAUUGCCGGUGCCGAGACGAGAAACCCGCGCAAGAUCAUUCCUGAUGCGACCCGGAAGACAUUCAUCCGAGUAUUUGUUUUCUACGUUCUGAGUAUCUUCGUCGUUGGUCUCAUUGUACCAUACAACGACUCAAAGCUAGUCAUCUCAACCGGAACAGCCAGCCAAUCCCCAUUUGUCCUGGCAUUCCAACGCUCCGGCGUGAAAGUCGUACCGCACAUUAUCAAUGCAGUAGUCUGCACAUCAGCCAUCAGCAGCAGUUCCAGCUGUAUCUUCAUCGCCUCGCGAACAUUAUACGGACUUAGUCAAGACGGCCACGCACCAAAGUUUUUCCAGCGCUGCAACCGCUUCGGAACUCCGUACUUCGCUGUCGGUUUGACCGUUCUGCUUUUGCCGCUGAUGUAUAUGUCCGAGGGUAGUAACUCGUCGACUGUGUUUAAUUGGUUUGUUAACAUUACUACUGUCGCUGGUCUCAUAGGCUGGAUUGUUAUUGAGGCGACUUAUUUGCGUUUCUUUGCUUGUUUGAGGAAGCAGGGGUAUUCUCGUGAGGAAUUGCCUUAUAAAACUCCCUUCCAGCCGUAUACGGCUUGGGCUACCGGGUUCAUGGUUGUUAUGAUUGUUUUGACUUCAGGCUAUGAUGUCUUCUGCGAAGGUAGAUGGAACACGUCCACAUUCCUAACUUCAUACCUUAAUAUCGCUAUCUUCGCCGCCCUCUACAUCUUCUUCAAAAUCUUCCUCAAGUCAAAAAUCAUUCCCCUAGAAGAGGUCGAUAUCAAAUCCGAAUUCGACCUUAUUGCGAAAGAAAAGGCCGCUGGCCAAUACCUCACCACCGAACAACUAGAUUGGCCCUGGUGGAGACGACUUCUGCAUUGGAUUUGA